AUGACCGUACCAACUGGACCGUCUGGUAAUUCUUCUGCUUCUCGUGUGCAUCCUGCGCUCGCUGAGUUACCGAAGAUCGUUGAAGGUGGACAGAAGAUGGAACCAGUCGUCGAUCGCAGCAAGCUCAACAAGCUUGAGGAUGAAGCUGAAAGAUUGAGGAAGCAGAUUGAAGACAAGGAGACCAAGAAGCGAAGGAGUUUGCGUGAGUGGGAGCGGAUGAGCCGUGAGACUGAGGCUGCGGCUUUGAGGAGCGAAUUGGCGGAGGAAGCUCUACGUUCGAUCAAUGGCGAGGCCGAGCAUAUGGCGGCUUUCUAG